GUCACGCUCCCGGUCGUGCAUAUUCUUGGCACACACACAUAGUUCCCGACUGCAACUGAAAUAAUGUUAAAGACAGGCAACAUGUCCAAAUGCCUUGCUUCGUUGGGACCAUUCAGAAGUCGAUCAUCUUUUGAAGUGCGUGAACACCUGUGCUUAUGUGGUUCGUUUGCUUUUUCUUUGUCUCCUGAGGUAUACGUCGAGUGCUUUGUGUUUGUGCUACCUCUACUAGUUCUGUCACCAUGAGAAAUCACCUCCACUCCUCACUCUGGGGAGCGUCUUCAGUGGGGUCGGGAGUAGUUCAUGCGGGAACCCGCCCGCUUCUGCGCUACCUACCGGCGCACGCCUCGGCUCCGACGGCUGUACCGCCACAGUUAUUUGUCGGCACCUCCGCGGCGUCGUCGUCAUCCUGCAACGUAUCUGCAAGAAAAUCAAGAGUUUUUCUUGGAGGCCACGACGAGCAAACUCCGGCCCCAUACUGCAACUUCCACCAAAUCCGCACAGUGAUCAAGCAUCCGGCGCGCAUUGUGAUGGGGCACAAGAUGGAGAUUAUCAAGGGGAACCAGAAAACCGGGAAGCUCUCAACCAUGCCAAAAUAUCCUUCGCAUCCCUCAGACCCGGAUCGAAACAUGAACUUGCUCACACAGUACAGAUGAAUAGUCUUUCGGUUUACUUCGUGAUGCACAGGAGUUUUCAUCGGGUUUAUUUGCGGAGUCAGAGCCACCCCGUUUGACGAUGAAAAAGCUUGCACUCGUGCGACUGCCAACCUUUCAAAGAAAUCGAAACAUCAUAUCCCCUGAAGGUACGCGGAUAUGAAGUUGCGAUGGAAAUACACUAACCGCUGGAACAAUAAGCGGUGGAAGAUUGCGCGUAAGUGGCAUCCGAUCAAGAAUGAAUUCCCGCAGCCCGCGCCGACCUGCAGUUUCAUUUGGCACAACCAGAUGCCGAUCACAAACGGUAACGUACAGCAAGUCAGCGGCGAAAUUCCGCCGAGUCCGGAACAUUUUGAGGACGUAGAAGCGAUGUUUUCGAGCACGACCGCGGGCGCCGAUCCUGAUGCAGAUGAAGGACUGUACAAUCAUCAGACCAAGUCAGGCUUGCGCAUGAUGCAGGACCACAUCGCCAAGAAUCAGCAGGACCUGUUCGCGAUCUUCAAGUCCAACAUCUACCUGCAACACAAAGUGACGAUCGGGGAUUUAGUCCAAACCGAGAAGCUCCGCAUGCGGCGUGCGGGGGAAAAAGUCAUUUUCGGCACCGUUUUGUUUGUCGGCGGGCGGUCGUUUUCCAUCAUCGGCAAGCCCACGGUACCCUACGCGAGAGUGCACUGCACGAUCGAGCAACAAACGCUCGCCGGGGAAAAACUCGUCUUCCGAUGCGGGACGAACAACAAUCGGUGGAGCAUGUUUUGGCGGCGCCGGCAGUACGUGACGAUGCUGCGGGUGGACAAGAUAGAAGUGGACGCGGAAAACGUGCACUACUUGAACGAGCCCGUUCCGAAACCCGACCGGCUGCUGGACGUGUGGAGCAACCGGUUCCUCACCGAGGAGGAAAAGUCGUUGAUCCCCCGCGACCCGGUGACCAAUGAACCGGACGCGGCGAAAUUUUACGACGGGAGUGAACACCAACCAGGCAAUUAUCACAACCGAGGCAUGACGGAGGCCUACAGAUUCUGGCCCGAUCCAGGACACUCGCAUUGGAUGGAAUAGAUUAUGUUCGGCCAUAUUAUGGACACCGGAACAUGAAGUGCCAGUAGAAAUUACAACUCACGUGCUGCCCGCUUCAAAAUGUUUUCGUCGACCAGGAAGCGAUCUCAUUCUUACAGC